AUGCUGACUGUCACAGGGGCGGAGGGCAACAUCCGUAUAGGCGAGAUCAUCUUGAUCAUUGAUUGUGAUACGCGAGUCCCUGUUGAUUGUCUCUACUAUGGCGCUCUAGAAAUGCACGAGAGUCCUGAAGUCGCGAUUCUUCAGCACGGAUCCGGCGUCAUGCAAGUAGUCCACAACACCUUUGAGAAUGGCAUCACGUAUUUCACCAAUGUGGUCUAUACGGCCAUCAAGUAUGGUGUCGGGUCUGGCGAUGUCUCUCCGUUUGUGGGCCACAAUGCCUUUCUUCGCUGGAAAGCUAUGCAAAGCAUCUCCUUCGUCGACCCAUCCGAUGGCCAAACCAAGUGGUGGUCUGAUGCCCAUGUCUCAGAGGAUUUCGAUCUCAGUCUUCGCGUUCAGAUGGCAGGCAUGAUUGUUCGUCUUGCAACGUACCAUAAUGGUGGAUUUAAGGAAGGCGUAUCUUUGACGCUGUACGAUGAGUUGACUCGUUGGGAAAAAUACGCAUAUGGCUGUAACGAGCUUGUGUUCCAUCCCUUCUCUCAGUGGUUCUACAACGGCCCAGUCACGAGGCUGUUCCUCCGCUUCCUUUGGAGCAACAUGCCUAUUACAAGCAAGGUCACUAUUACUGCCUACAUCUUUACUUACUAUGCUAUCGCUUCUGGUCUCUUUUUGACAACUGCCAACUACAUUAUUAUUGGUCUUUUCCCCGACGAGCUUGAUCACCUCUAUAUGCCUUCUUGGGGCAUCUGGUUGUCCCUUAUUGUUGUUUUUAACGGCCUUGGUUCUGUUGCCUUUAGCAUGGUACGCCAUCAGUUAAAAGAGGAGGUCUUCUGGCGGGCCCUUCUGGAGGCUAUUAAGUGGCUCCCCUUCCUUAUCCUCUACUUCGGCGGGAUAAGCUUAAAUUGCGCUAAAGCUCUUUUUUGCCACGCAUUUAGCAUUAAUAUCGAGUGGGCUUCUACCGCUAAGGAACCUGGGCCAAGUGGCUUCUUUAUUGGUCUCGAUAAGAUGAUUUCCAGUUUCAAGUACACAUGGCUUAUCUGCAUUGCUCUGGCAGCUAUGAUUAUCUACUUUGCUGUCGGCGCACCCUGGGGAUACACUAUUACUCCUGGCCCACAUUCUACUGCUAUGGUUGCAAUUGUGCCUUUAGCUGUGCAGAUAUGUAGCGCCUUUUUCUUGCCUCUAGCACUUGGCUUAAACUAA